AUUUCCUGUACAUGGCGACGGAAUAAUGAUGACAUGAAAAAUGUGAGACCGAUAUACGAUUUGUUUAGGUAGAUACGAGGACAUAAUUACCGGAAGUUAAGAAGCUAAUGCACACCAGAGUAGGAUGGCAUCAAAAAAGCAAUCGAUCUGUCCUCAUGUGUCUUAUGUUGACAGUGUUACCUGGGAAGAACUUCGCACCAAACAUGGGCUAAAGGACCUGACAUGCAACACUUGUAAUGUGAAAGCUAACAAUCUAUGGCUGUGCCUGGUGGGGGCGUGUCAGUAUGUAGGCUGUGGUGAGUCGGUUAAGGACCACAGCUCUGAACAUGCCAUGGAAAAAAAACACAGCAUGACUAUCAACCUGUCCACUCUCAGGAUCUGGUGCUACUUUUGUGAGUGUGAAGUCUUUCCAGGCAGGAACAAACCCUUCUUCACAAUUCCAGAAAACUCUGCAAGUGUUUUGUCUGCUAAAAAGAAGAACAGUAUGUUAAGGAAGUCAGCAUCAAGCUCUGCCAACAGUUCUCCAACACGAGGUAACUCUUCUGCUGGAGAGGAAUCAGACUCGGACCUGGAGGAUGAUAACGUAAAGCCAAGGGGUUUGACUGGACUGCAAAAUCUAGGAAACACCUGCUACCUGAAUUCUGCUCUCCAAGCCUUAUCUAACUGUCCUCCUCUGAGCCGUUUCUUCCUGGACUGUCAUGGGUUUGUGCAGCCAGAGAAAAAUCCAAAACUUUCAAGAAGUUACCUGCGACUUAUUAGUGAGGUUUGGCACAAGCGCAGACCCAGUUAUGUGAUCCCUAACAGUGUAGUAAAUGGGAUAAAGGUGGUCCACCCAAUGUUUAGAGGCUACUCCCAGCAGGAUGCUCAAGAGUUUCUGAGAUGUUUCAUGGAUGAGCUUCAUGAAGAACUCAAGCAGCCUCUCCCUUGUGACUCGGAUGAUAAUGAUGAUGAUUCUGAUGAAAAAAACACAGAGGAGUUCCACAAAUUUAUAGCUUCACAUGAUCGUCAGUUGUCUAUGGAUUCUACUAGCAGCAGUCAAUCUGAAGACUUCUACGAGACUUGUGACUCUGGCCUCAGUAGUGAGAGGUGUUCGGCUGAUGUAGCUAUCAGUGGUGAGGAAACUGAACAUGGAACUGUACAAAACACAGAUAAUUCAACUCACAGUAACAAAUCGGAUUCGCACGCCAGAGUGAAUGCUGGUAAAACGUAUGCCCGACUUCGACAGAAUGAAGAGAAGGGAAUGAAAAGUCACAGAGAGGACAGUGUUGUGACAAGUAAACACUUGAAGGAAACGGUCAAUCAAUUGUCCAAGCGGUCAGGCAGCACUAUGACCAUUAACAGUACCACCUGUACUGAUGACAGUGGGCGUCCUGAUGACAUCCCCUCGGAUGGAGAAGCAAAUCAGAGUAGAGUUCGCUCAAAGUCGAGCCCAAGGUUCAAACGAGAGUCAGAGAGCCAAGAGACGUGUAAUAAUAGCAUGUCUAGAAACAGUUACUCCACCAAAACUAGUACAAAUAAGAAAGGCAAACAGAAAAAUAUCCAGUAUCAGUCUGUGAUCUCCGACAUAUUUGAUGGCAAAAUCCUCAGCUCUGUGCAGUGUCUGACUUGUGAACGGGUGUCAACCACUAGGGAGACAUUCCAGGACCUGUCACUUCCCAUCCCAGGAAAGGACCAUCUCAACAUGAUCCACCACAACUCCCAGGGGGGUCCUCCGAAGGGUGGGGCUUGUGGAGAGGUACACCAGGGCUGGUUCUCCUUCAUGUUCUCCUGGAUGAAAAGUUGGUUUGUGGGCCCCACCAUCAAUCUACAGGAUUGUCUGUCUGCUUUCUUCUCCGCUGAUGAACUAAAGGGAGACAACAUGUAUAGUUGUGAGAAAUGUAAAAAAUUGCGGAACGGUAUCAAAUAUUCUAAAGUCUUGGAACUACCUGAGAUCCUGUGUGUUCACUUGAAGAGAUUCAGACAUGAAUUCUACUCCUCAAAGAUCAGCUCCUACGUGGCAUUUCCCUUGGAUGGGCUGGACAUGAAGCCAUAUACACACAAAGACUGCAAGUCUGAGGUGAUGAUGUAUGACCUCAUAGCUGUCAUUUGUCACCAUGGCACUGCUGGGGCUGGCCACUACACAGCGUACUGUCUUAACUACACGAAUGAACAGUGGUACGAGUUUGAUGACCAGUAUGUGACCGAAGUGGACAUCAACCAGGUCAUCAACUGUGAGGCCUAUGUCCUUUUUUACAGGAAAAGAAAUGACAAAAUGAUAUCUAUCAGGCAGAAAGCCAUGCAGCUCAAGGAAACACAGGAGCCAAGUCUUCUGCAGUUCUUUGUGUCAAAACAGUGGAUCAACCGUUUUAAUAUGUUUGCUGAGCCUGGUCCAAUCACCAAUUUCGAUUUCCUGUGUCCUCAUGGAGGUGUGCCGCCAAACAAAGUCGACCAUGUGGAGGACUUAGUGGAGUCAUUUGACCAGUCACUGUGGGAGAAUCUACACAGCCGGUUUGGUGGUGGGCCAGUAUGUAACCAUCUGUAUGCAUGCUCCACUUGUCAGACAGAACUGGACAACUUGAUUUACCGACAAAAAUCCGAACUCGAACAAUUUGUUGCACUCAAUGACAAGUUUAAGGAUGAGGACAACCCUCAUAUCAUAUAUGCCAUUAGUAUGAUGUGGUUCAAAGAGUGGGAAAAUUUUGUACGCAAACGCAAAUCAACGCCACCUGGUCCAGUUGACAACAAAGCAAUCUCCAUAAUGAGGAAUGGUCAGUUGACUGUGAGACACAACUCGGACUAUGGUCAACUGUCGGAGGAGAUGUGGCAGUUCCUACAGGGUAUCUACCAUGGAGGUCCGGAAGUUAUCGUCAAACAGGUGUCUUCCCUCAGGUCACCUUCUCCCCCCUGUCACAUGACCACCUCAACUUCAGCGUCCUCACUCAACCUGCCCAAGUUUAAGGAAGGGCAGACAACUCCCACUCAACAACCCCUACAUGUUCUGGCCAAGCAGGCCAGUAAGGGGAGUGGUAUGGAACAACAGGAGGAGGAAAAAAGAGCAGACGGUCAACAGGAGGUUAAUUAUGGUGGUGGAGAGGAAAGUAAGGUUGACUCUGAGCAACAGGGCAAUGAUAACGACACUGGCACAGUGGCAUCAGAUAAGGACACAAACAACAGUUCUGUUGAAACCAAGUCGGAGGAGGAGGAGGAGGUUAUGACCCCUGUACAGGCAGGUGACGUGGAGACUAUUGGGGAGACAGCCCCUACAGAAAAUCUCAAUCAGAAAGAGGAAUAGAAAACAGAAUUCUGACAUUUCACAAGUCAUGGCCUGUGCCAUUUUUAGCCCAUCAUCAUCAGAUAGUGGACUGUUCAAAUCACCCUGCAUCCAUGGUCCGUAGCCUGUGGUCCGUGGUUCGUGGUCCCUCCGUCAUCACUUUGAACAAUCCUUGUUAUCACUAUUUCUCAGAAAAUACCACAUUAUGUAAAAGGACCUUUCUCAAUUUUUACCUGUAGGUUCCCCUUGGAACCUAAUUGUGCAUGUUAAAUUUUGUGACUGAUCGGAAAACAAAAUGCAGGUGGCCAUUUUGAAUUUCAAUAGGGAAAGUUUGUUACCAUUAAUUCUAAAGAAAGUACCACAAUCAAACCUGUCAUAGUGGACACCCUAAAAGAGUGGACACCUGUCCAUAACCAUAACAGACAGUGUUAGGAAUCCCCAAUGAAAAUCACUUUACAAAUGUAAUAUAUAUAUAGCGGAUACCUACCUGAUUUGGACAGUGGAUACUUAUUUUUUUUCGUAAGUUGUUAAAAAUUCCGUAUAACGGAUAUAUGUAUGAGGCUAUUGCCAUGUGUUAUUUAUUGUUUGUGAAAAGUUUCUGGAUAAGCAGCAGAAUCUAAUUUACUCAACUCCUCUAGCGGAAAUGCUAACUUGGGAAGCCACUACAUCAGUCACUGAUUGCUGUAAUUACUAGAGGCAGCGACCCAUCGACAGAGAUGUUUGUUUACUCAACACCAUUGGUGACAGUUAGCCAUACAGUCUUGUUGUAGACAACAAGCAUGGUCAGUUUUAAUUGGUAAUUCAAUCAUCAGAAUAGAAGAGGAGAAAAGGGAAUGGUUAGGUCUGCCAUAAUUGUUAUAUUUACUUAACUGUAUGCAAAUCUGACAGGUCGCAAUGUUAACUGGCAAGCACAUGGUUGCGAGCUGCCUUUUUUAUGUGUGUGUAUUGUGUAAACAGUAUCCAGAAUUUAGUAAACUUUUCUUUCAAUGAGUCAUAAAAUGAAAAUAAAAUCACUACAUGGAAGUAAGAAAAGAUUUCUUUAAAUUUUAAAUGCUUAGGAAUUCUAGUUAUCAGAGGAAAAUACACAUUUAUAAAUGUUGUAACAGAAAAAAUAUUUCAUACAUAUUUAUUGUUCUCUUGGGACAUAAUGAGUAUUUUAAUAAGAAUUAACUUUAAGUUUUCCCUUUUUUCUACGUUUGCUAUUUUUUCUGAAUUCUAUCCUGCUAUAGUUUGUUAUUAUGAGGAAUGACUCAUUUUGAAACUGAUACAGUCAACUGAUGCUUUGUCUUGUAAAAUUAAACCGAGUGUACAUGUACAAGGUAUGUUAAAAUGAUCAUAAGAAAUGAUAUUUCAAAUAUCAAAACAAAAAUUUUGUGUCAGAUAAAUUUUGACAAUCAAUACAUCAUUUGUCUUUAAUUAUCUUGUUUGUUUUAUUCUUUUGUUAGUGUUUAAAGAUAUCGGGAGACAGUGUACUGUGUAUAAUGUGUUAUCAAUCUUAAUUCAAAAUUUAGUUCUUUGUUUAUAUAACGGACACAACUCUUAGUCCUCUAUAUAAAGGACACUUUGGCCUUUUCUCCCGAGUUUUCUUUAUACACAUGUUAGACUGUAAAUGGAUUAUUCUCGAUGGAGGGGGUGCACAGAGGGUGAAAAUUGGCCCUUGAUAAGUUUUAUAUUUUUGUAUAUACCGGUAUAGACUAGUCCGCUACCUUGUUAUAAAACAAAUAUCAAAACACUUUUAACCAUGCUAGACGAUCUAUAUGCUGCAGGUUCUAUAUUGAUGCUAAGUGUUUGGUAAUAAAUUUCAGGGCACCAUGUGCCUUCAACCUGGCAGAGGUCAAAGGAACAGAGCCUAAUUCACAUUCUGUUUUCAAUUCUAAAUAGCGUAAAUUCUAAUUACCUUGACAAUGAGAGAUAACAGCUGGCUAUAAGGGAUAUAUCACUGUAUUGCAAAUAGUAUUUGAAUAGCAAAUCUGAUUCCUUGAGAAAAAGAUUUACAUUUUCUAAAUUUGUCUUGAAGUAGUAGAAUAGGUAUGAUAAUUCUAGUAAAUCAAAGUUCUAUGUUUAAAAUUACCUUUAAGUAGAUAUCGCUUCAUCAGCUAUGAAACUUAUGCUGACAAAUGCCAGGAUUUCUUUUUAACUUAAAGACAUAUACCAAAAGGUUUUAUAGGAUUAUCAAACUGCUAAACCACCUCCAUGUUUUUUAGAACAAGAUAUUACAUUGACAUGAAAUAUGAUUAAAUUCAUAUUGUUUUCAUGAAAAUAGGUUCCAGAAACGACUCUGUGUUCUUAAUUGUUGUUUAUGUUAUAAGUUUGGGAAAAAUCAUUCCCACACUAUGUUUAUUUGGUAUUCACACCAUAACAUCAUAGCAUGAAAUUCUACUCCUGGUUAGAUGUUGGUUGUCAUUGGUCAAGUUUAAAGGUCAAAAUCACUGGUCAAGUUUAAAGGUCAAAAGCUGCACUUGACCACUUUCAAAAUAAAAGCUGAUGCACAGUAUAUUGCUUGAACCUCUGGAUAGAUUUAUUUUAUUGAAGAGGGGGAUGAUGGUGGAAGUAUACCUAUGUGAGCCCCUGGACAGAUUUAUAUUAUUGAGAGGGCUGAUGGUGGAAGUAUAUCUAUGUGAGCCCCUGGACAGAUUUAUAUUAUUGAGAGGGAUGAUGGUGGAAGUAUACCUAUGUGAGCCCCUGGACAGAUUUAUAUUAUUGAGGGGGAUGAUGGUGGAAGUAUACCUAUGUGAGCUCCUGGACAGAUUUAUAUUAUUGAGAGGGAUGAUGGUGGAAGUAUACCUAUGUGAGUCCCUGGACAGAUUUAUAUUAUUGAGAGGGAUGAUGGUGGAAGUAUACCUAUGUGAGCCCCUGGACAGAUUUAUAUUAUUGAGAGGGAUGAUGGGUGAAGUAUAUCUAUGUGAGCCCCUGGACAGAUUUAUAUUAUUGAGAGGGAUGAUGGUGGAAGUAUAUCUAUGUGAGCCCCUGGACAGAUUUAUAUUAUUGAGAGGGAUGAUGGUGGAAGUAUAUCUAUGUGAGCUCCUGGACAGAUUUAUAUUAUUGAGAGGGAUGAUGGUGGAAGUAUAUCUAUGUGAGCUCCUGGACAGAUUUAUAUUAUUGAGAGGGAUGAUGGUGGAAGUAUACCUAUGUGAGCCCCUGGACAGAUUUAUAUUAUUGAGAGGGAUGAUGGGUGAAGUAUAUCUAUGUGAGCCCCUUGCUUUGCUUUUAUUCAAUUGCUGUUAGUCUUGUUGUUUGAACUGACUCUCAGGUAGAACAAGACACUGGCUGUUUUGUUACCAGGAAGACAUUAAAAUAGUAAGGUAGGCUUAAUGUGGUUCUCUUCAUAGUCAUUGAAAUGCUGAACAAAAAGAUGAUAUUUUAUCUGUGAUUUGUAUUAGAAACUAAUUUGACAUCAUAUUAAAUCAAUGACAGUUUUAAUUUGUAGAUUCUCUAUCUAAGGUCGCAAUGUUGACUGACUGGCUUAGCUGCUUCUAAGUUAUUCCAAUCUUUUAAAAACUAGAGUACUGACAUGUCAGAAAGGACCCAAUAAUGUGCGGGCCAGAACCUGAACCUUGGUUUGGUUUGGCUAUACAGAAGUGACUUUCUAUUAAAGCUACAGUGACUGACUGCAUGCAGGGCCUAUAAACUAUCCCAAACAGUUUCUUCUAGUAAGGAUGGGACAAAGUAUGAGUGUAAUCUUCCUAACAGAAUUUGAGAUAUUGGUCAUAAACUGAUCUUUUAUUUAUAGUCACCUUGACCUUUGAACUCCUGACUGCUAUUCAAGGAAACACUAGAUAAAGUUCUAGAGCUACUGAUCCAAUAGAACACAUUGUUCGAAGUACAAUGUACUUUGUAUGUAGAACAAAAAUGGACAGAUAGUCUGAUUGCUAUAGGGUACGCACUGCAUCCCUUUUGUAUUUCACAAAACAAUAAAAUCAUGAAUGAUGUGUUCAGCAGGGUGCUGUUUUGGACCCUGCUUAUUUGUAAAACAAGAUAUUUUUGCAUGGACUUACUUUGAUAACAAAAAUCUUGUCAAGUCAAUAUUUGUAUGUUUUUUUGUCGUUAUGGUAAGGAUAUGUAACCAGCAUGAUUUUAGCUCACCUCAAGCUCCUCGAAGUUAUUCUAUGUAGUUGGAUCUGUCUGUCGUCCGUCUGUCAUCUUAUCCUAAAAAUUGCUACUAGUCUUGAAAAAGUUUGUGGAUUUUGACCAAUUUUCGUCUGAUGUAUCCUUAAUUGAAGGGCCCCAUUAGGGGAAAUAUAGCAAUUUCUUUCAAAUCCUUCAGUAUUUGGUCUGAAGCAUCCUUGGGUGAAGGGGAACCAAUUUUGCAUAAACAGUGAGUCUAACCCUGGGGGGCCUGAGAAAAAGGGGCACUAUAGGGGAAAUAUAGCAGAUUCUUAUUGUCCAGAAUGUAUAGUUUCUUCAUAUUCAUUGCAAUAUCCAGGUGAGCGACACAAGCCCUCUGAGCCUCUUGUUUAAAUUCCCUGUUUUAGUAUGGUUGGUCAAUUUUCAUUACUUUUAAAUAUAAUAAAUCUAUACACACGAUGAUAAUUUUCUUGCAUGCUCUCUUUAUAAAAAUAUAUCAUACUUCGAUCAGAGUGGUAUACACAUUAUCCAGAAAAACCUUUUAGGUGGCACUGUUGUUACGUUUGCUGAUUUUCAGAAAAGUGUAAAAAAUGAUAAUGUUUUAAUUAUCAUUAAUUAGUUCACCUGACCCAUAGGGUUGGUGAGCUUAUAGCAUGGCGCAGCAUCCAUUGUCCGUCAACAUUACAUUUAGAUCACUAAUUAUCCUGAAUGACUGAAAGGAUUUUGAUGAAAUUUCAUCUGGAGCAUUAUUAGGCAAAGGAGAUACAAUGUUGUAUCAAUGAUGAGUGUGGCUUUCAUGAGGCCAAAGAAAGGAGACCAAAUAGGAGAAAUAUAACAAAAAAACCUUCAAAUCCUUCUUCGUCGUUAAGAUUUUGUACACUUAAUUCUUAUCAGAUCUGAACCAUUGUUGGGAGACGCACCUUAAAAAGUAGCUUGAUAUUUGUAAUACAACUGAAAUGAGCAUAUUUUGCCAUGAUUAUAUGAAAUACCUAGGUGAGUGAUGCAGGUCUUCUGGUCCUCUUGUUAUGAUAUUAAGCAGUGUUUUCCGGAGUUGCAUUGUGAUUUGUAUUGCUUGAGAUGCCUGUUAUUACUCUAACGCUCGAGUGCACUGAUCAACUUGUACACCAUUACACAAAAUACUGUUAAAGCAGUUAAAGAUUUUUUUCAUUUUUGUACACUGUUCCUUUAAUGAAAUUUCAUUAUAAAUUCUGCACAAAAGUUUUAGUGAAAACAAAUUAAUUACUGUGGUAGAAGUAAUUAAAAAUCAGUUUUAAUUCAAUAUUUAUUCAAUGUAAUCAAACAUGUGCAAUGUGUGUGCUCAUGUUGCUGCCCGUUAUGUAGAAUAUUAGAUUUUAACUUAUAAAUGUAACUUUGAAUCGUGAUACUUGCAUUGUCAUAUUUCCAGUUUUAUUAAAGAGAUAAACCUCG